CGAGGGAAAACAACUGAUCUGCUUGGAUUCCUGGGACAAUUGUGUCAACUAACUCAAAACCCGCGCGGGCAGAGAGAACUUUCCUGCGGCGUGCCGCGGAGCGUCUCGUAGCGCCCGGCGCCUUCCCCUGCCUCCGCAUCCCGAUAGAUGGGCCUCCCUCUCCGGGCUGGCCUGUGCUGGAACGAGUGACGUCACCGUGUUUACACUGGGCUCAUGGCACCGCUCUGUGAAUCAGGAAUGUGGAGAAUGGGGCCUGCGUCGAAUCAUGCGCGCGGCUGUCAGCUCUGUCGUGCUGCCUCUGGGCUGAGGAGAGAAUUGGCCGUGCUUGUGCUGAGUUCAGGCCUUUCCAGCUCUGGGGAAAUGUGUUGAGGCUGCGUUUUCUUCAUUGCAGUCGUUGCAUUUGGCACUUCUCAGUGUGAUCCUUCUUCAGGAAGCUAUCGAAAGCUGAGAAUCAGCAGUCUGGAGAGUUAGACCCAGCUUGGUCUCUGUCUUGACGCCAGUUCUCUGGGUGUCCUCUGUGCGAGCUGCCAAAUGGUUCUGUCUCUGAUCCUUUGAGCAAGGCCAGAAAAUAGCCAGCAACUUGUGUCUAGGUCGUUCUUCCCGUGCUACCGACGGACUAGUGUGUUGGUUUGUCUCCAUCCCUGACCCCUUUGGAAAGGGGACUGGAGGCGAGGAGAGGUGAAAUCACCCAGAUGCUGUCAGCCAGGGUCUUGUUACAGCUUUGAGGCUGUUCUGGGAGGCGUGUUGGAUGGGAACGAGGCCUGAAAAAGUUGGAUUCCUCUAGCUGGAAAUGCCUGACUCUUAAAAUACAAAAAAAGGUUAAAUUACUGGGACCAGUCUCUUCUCCUGUCUGCGGAUCAGUCUGCUGCCUCCAUCCUGACUGGCUUCUUGCAGUGCAUUGGAUGUCUCCCAGCUACUGAUUCCUCUUGGUUCCCGCUUGCCCUGACUCUCCUGACAGCAGCGGUCGGAUCUGCGAGCACUUUGGAAGCUGACUGACGAGGCUGUCGUGUUAUGACGACCCCCAACAAAGGAAGCAAGGCCUUAAAGGUGAAGCGGGAGCCAGGCGAGAAUGGGACCAGCUUGACAGAUGAGGAGCUGGUGACCAUGUCUGUGCGGGAGUUGAACCAGCAUCUACGGGGCCUGUCAAAGGAGGAGAUCAUCCAGCUGAAGCAGCGUCGGCGCACGCUGAAGAACCGGGGCUACGCAGCCAGCUGCAGAGUCAAGCGCGUAACCCAGAAGGAGGAACUGGAGAAGCAGAAGGCAGAGCUGCAGCAGGAAGUGGAGAAGCUGGCCUCUGAGAACGCCAGCAUGAAAAUGGAACUCGAUGCUCUCCGCUCCAAAUACGAGGCACUCCAGAACUUCGCCAGAACCGUGGCCCGGAGCCCUGUGACCCCCGCGCGGGGGCCGCUCCCCUCCAGUAUGGGCCCUCUCAUCCCUGGCAAGGUUGCUACUACUAGUGUCAUCACAAUAGUGAAAUCCAAAACGGACGCCCGGUCUUAGUGAAGUGAGCGUUGCCUGAGCUUGUCUGUGCAGGGCAAUUAGGCACAAAACCAGCCUGGAAUCCCCAAAGCACAAACCCUCCCCACAUGGGUCCGGGUUCCUUCCACUUGGCCCGGGACUGGCCUGCUGAUCGCUCCGGUUUUGUUUUGUUGUGUUCAGAUCGAUGUGAGCAGUGGUGAUGCAUCCCUUGUCCUGUGCAGACAGUACCUCCCGCCCAGGGGUCUGUAACCCUCCGGUGCCCGUGGGACAGACUGCGAGACCUUGGUAUUCCAGCCAAAGAGAGUCUGUGCAGCGUGGCCGAAGGCACGGCAGAUGAGCCUGUCGCGCUGCUCGGCGGGGAAGGGCUUGGGGAGGCCGAUCUAGAGGGAGGAGGCUUGCUUCCUGGAGGCUGGGAACCCUAAUUUCUUUAGGCUUUAUUUCAUUACACUUCCAGGCGGUGUAUCUUGGUGCCUGAGUGCCAGGUGCCUGAACCUGCUGCUUUUGUCUCAUUUGGUACCAGUAGUUGCAAUUGGGGUGUUCUGUGUAAUCAACUGUGUAUUUGUUUCUAGGUGUGCCUCUGUGCCCUCACAGUGGGUUUCCUUCGGACUUCCAUGGUGUUAGCUGUGUAAGCUAGCAGCAGUGGAAAGGAAGUUGCCGUAGGGCCCUGCUGCCUCCGCUCCAGCGGUGGGGAAGGAGCCAGGGCAGGGGCCUUGUGUGGGGCCCAGCACCCCGGGGAGGGAGGGAAGGUACCGUGUUGGCUGCAGGCCGGUUUUGUGCCUAAUGUGUUGCACUGAACAAGACCAAAAUCACUAGUUGUUCCCGUGUUUUGAGGGUAUCAAGUGUCUCUAGUGUGAUGGUUUACACAACCAGUUUAUGUGGUUAAAGAGCCCUUUAUUUAAAGAGAGAAACAUCAUUUUAAGAGUUAUUAAAUUAUCUAAGUUUAAAAGUAAAAUCGGACAGAAGAGAGAGCGUAUUUAUAGUCAGCUUUUUUUUUUAUCCGAGAGGGUGAGAAUAUUUGACCAUAUAAAUGGGGAAAUAUUCUCGGAGACUUUGCUAGUUAAAAGUUAAUAAAUAAAUAAUUUUAAAGUUUCUCAUGAACCUCCUGCAAACUGUUUGUGGCUCUGAGGUUAGUUUUUAUAAAGAGUUAUCAGACUUUAUUUAUAAAACUUAGAAAAAGACAAAAAAAGAGGCAAGUCCUGUUUGAUAUCUUUUUGCAAUUGUACCAAAAGUGACUUAUUCUCGACCUUGCUGGCUUCCGUUGCGUCCCCUCGUGUUGCGCUGUCCGUGCUCUCUGAGCUCUUGCGUGGCACUGUAGUGUGGUGGUGCCAGUGGCUGCCUUUGCCAUGUGGUGUCAUGUUCAUGCUUCCGUUGUUUUCCCUGGGUUCAAUCAAGAGAUUGACUUGGGAACUCUCCUAAGUCUCCAGAGGGUUUCUGGCACGCAGGCAAAGUUGCUGUUUUUCUUGAAGACGAAAAUGAAUGGCUGGUGCAACUGAGUAGUCAUGCCUGUCCAGAAAACGUGUUUGUUUUUUUUUUUCUGCACAGGCAUGUUGCAGGAGCUCGGUUUCCCUGCCUGGAUGUUGCAGCUAUUCCUUUUGCACAAACAGCUUAAGCCUCUUGUAACCAGCCAACAUUGGGUAGCUCAGUUACCUGAAUGGGGAAAAAUAUUGCCAGCAGAACUGCUCUCUCACUCCUCCAACAAAGCUGGAAGAGAAUUGACGCAAGGAAGAAUUUUCUAAGUUUAGGAGGAGACUGAUGGGAUUUAACUCUGGAUUCAGUUUUGGAUCCUGUGGUCAGAACUUGUGUUGCUCCUGUGGCAAGAGGCAAGUCUGCCUGCCUCUUUGGGCAGCUCUGGACGUGCACUAGUCCUGAAACUGGAGUCUCUUGUGCUGAGUGUCUGCAUAUUACUGCAAAUUAAGCUGUGGCAUGGUUGCUUUCUUUCCUGGUGCAGCUUCUGGCUGUGUGUGUUGGAAGAGUGCUUAGACUACAGCUGUGUGACACAGCUGAGAAGCUAUUUGUGGUCAGGCUCCGUUUCCACAAACACUUUGAACCCCUCUCCUCCUCCACCUCCCCAAAGGGUUGAGCUCAUCACUGAGUUGUUUUAGAGAAGCAGGACAUGGGGCUGAAGUCCAUGUGAUGAUUUCUUGUCUGCUGAAGGUCUCCUGAGCACUGGGGACAGAUAAGGAUGGCACAAGUGAAACUGCAGUCUUAUGGGGGAGGCAUGGUUUGCCAUACUGGAUGUUUUUUGGUGAUGUGGUUGUCACAUAGCUGAACUUAUACUGCCCUUCUUUGGGCAAAGGCGUUCGCUAAUGGCUGAGAAGCAGGUAAACCUGAGGAAAGCCGCAAUGUGGCAGGAGAGGAAUAGGUGAUCAGUGGGGAUUUCCUGCUGUAAGGGGAGAUCCGCACUGAUUGCGAGUUUUGGGAGAAGCUGUUUGGGUUGCUUUUCCCAGUGGAUUUCCUGAACGAGGAGAGGAUCAGAACGUCUCCUCCAGGCUUCCCCCUUCCAGCUUGUGGGCUCUUUCCUCUCUGAGCCGAGGUGUUCGACACCUCAGCUGUCUCCAGCUGUUCUCCAGAUGGGCCAGGCACCGAGCAGCACUUGGCACCGCGCUCUGGGCUCUGACACCUGGGACCUGCGGGUCUUUGUCUUCCAGCUGCUCACGCGACGCCUGGAAGGGAUGGGAAGCUCCAGAAGGCAGCAUCCUCCGGUUGGCCCUGGGUGUCGAUCCCAACGCUGUUCCUCUGGGAGCCGGCCUGAAGUCGGUAACCGUCGAGAGCGCCGUUCCAACUGCGUGGCGGUCUGACCUCGGUGGGGCGUGCAGGUGGGCUGCCGCCGAGGUGCUGGAGCGUGUGAGGGCUGAGCCGAGGUGCUGGAGAUCUGGGUGUGAGGAGGCCCCGCAGCAGCACGGGCUCUGGCGGGCGAGUCCGGCGCCCGCGGUGAGGCCCGGGGCUUCCCUGCCCGCGGGAUGACGGCUGCGCUGUUGCCCCAAGAGGCUGCGCCGCUCGGGAGCCGGACGAGGCCGUGGGUCGGCAGGACGGACGGCAGCGCGGACCCC